AUGUUGAGAACUGGUAUAGGCAGUAAAUUUGGAACUGGCAAAGAAAAUGAGGUUGACUGUGGUGAGUUCCAGGACCCCAAGGUCUACUGCACUCGGGAAUCUAACCCACACUGUGGCUCUGAUGGCCAGACAUAUGGCAAUAAAUGUGCCUUCUGUAAGGCCAUGGUGAAAAGUGGUGGAAAGAUUAGCCUAAAGCAUCCUGGAAAAUGCUGAGUUAAAGCCAAUGUUUCUUGGUGACUUGCCAGCUUUUGCAGCCUUCUUUUCUCACUUCUGCUUAUACUUUUGCUGGUGGAUUCCUUAAAUUCAUAAAGACAUACCUACUCUGCCUGGGUCUUGAGGA